CGCGGUCGUAUCACUGGUGCGGAAGGUUGAUGCUGGCAAAACCAUUCUCAAGCAUCGUUAUCAUUGUUCUGGUGUGGUUUUAAAAUCCAUCUAGCGGCUAGUGCUUUUUCUGAGUAUACGAAAACCGCAGAGUGUAAUCAUCGACCGUCGUUUCACUGAGCAGAGCAUUACAUCCUGGAAGAUUCUGUCGCGGCAAAGUGCUAGGUGGAAGGAACGCUAUUGCUGAAUGGCGAAUGUUGAAAGAGAAGAUAACAUGCUGAACGAGGAGCAAGAAUCGUCCCAAUCGAAUAGCAGCAAUGGUUCGAGUGGUGUUGUGCAACCCGCCGGUUUAACACUCAAAUCGAACCUCAUCCGUCAGUCCAAUUUCGGAGGAUCGUCUUUUCUCGGCGGUGGCGGCUCGUCCUCGAGCAACAGUAUUUCGUCUUCGCCUUCGUUGCCCGGGUUGGCUGGCGGUGGCGGCGGUGGACCAGGAAGUGUGUUCAAUCUUAAGCCAAGUGUGCUUAAACCUUCGCAACUUAGCUUCGGUGGCAUUGGUGCGAACAAGGAUGGCAACGGUGCUACGGAUAAAAACGGCAGUGAAACAACGGCACCGGCAUCGUCAAACCCGUUUCUGAAAACCCAGUUUAGUGAGGACGACCCAUCUGAAGCGGACACGAACGAUGCCACGACCGGCAGUAGCAAAGCGGACACCAACAAAGAUGCAAACAGUGGCACGAACAGCAGCAGCAACAACAACGAUCCCCUGGCAAAACUGAAAAGUUCCGCUCUGCCCAAAUCGAACUUGUUUGCGAACGUUAAAAAAUCAACGCUCAGCGAAGCAUCUUCUGGAUUCGUUUUUGGCCAAAAUGUGCAUGAGCGUGUGACGGGCGAAAAUCUGAACAGCUCCGGUCCGGGCAACACUCUUCCGACGACCGGAUUUUCCUUCGGUGCUGCAGCCACUGGAGACGGUAGCGCUGGAGCGGGUUCGGCUAACGCAACUAACUCCACUCCGGCAGCUACCGGCGGUACGCCUGGUAAGGAUGGUUCCGAUUCGUCUGAUGGCAACAGCAGAGAAACGAAGGAUCGCGAAAGCUUGGAGGAAGCAGCCCGAAAGUACGAGGAAAGCAGGGGCGCACUGAAACGCAAGUACGAGGAAGUGGAAACUAUUACCGGUGAAGAGGACGAACGGAACGUGGUGGAGAUCAACUGCAAGCUGUUUGCAUUCGCAAAAUCCAAUUGGGAAGAGAGAGGUCACGGCAUGCUGAGACUUAACGACAAGGACAACAAUGAAUCCCGCGUCGUAUUUCGACAGUCGGGAAAUCUUCGCGUUUUGAUAAACACCAAGGUAUGGUCCGGUAUGGUCGCACAGCAGCCGAGUCAAAAAAGUUUACGCUUGACAGCCAUUGAUAGCACCGGUCAAAUAAAAGUGUUUCUAGUGAUGUCCCGCCCGGAAGUCAUUUCGAAACUUCACAAAGAACUGUCGAAGCGCAUAGAGAUGGCAAAACAAAACGCCGAACAGGAAGCUGCGAAGGAAAACAAGGAUGAUAAUAAGCCUGCCCUAGCCCCCGCAUCCAACGAUGGAGCAGAGGAUGUAGAUGAUGAUGGUUCUACCGUACCGGUUCCGGUGGACAGUUCCGAGAGUACUCACGGUCCCACGGAAUCGGACGAACCUAGUUUAAAGAAGCGUCAUAGCAUAUCGUCACCACCGUCCUCUUAAGUGUUAAGUCUAAACCUGAUUUUGGCGACUGUUCCUCCUUCCAUGAUUUUCCAUUUUCCGAGACCAUAUUUUGGAUAUUCGUCUUUUUAGCGAUUCCGUAAAGCGUAUGAGUCCUUAUAUAAGAGUUAAACGAUCGCCCCCCCGCGGUCGUGAGUUUAACUUCUUUUCUCUUUUAUUGCACAUGCAACCUUUUUUGUCGGAUUGGUUUAUGAAGUAAGUGAAAAAUGAAAAAAAUCAUCAAAAAGAAAAUUCAACCAAUAAUCGUACUUUAAAAAAAACAUAAAGCAAAAUACAUUUGGCUGCAUGCAUAACUUUAAUAGAUUCAUCGUGGAAUAAAGGCAAACUCUUUCAUGUAGUUUCUGUAAAGCAAUCAAAUAAAAUCUCCCAACUCAGUAAUAAACAAAAGAAAGCAAAUCUUCGUUAUUUCAACCCAACAGUAGUAGCCUGAGAUAGAAAGUGCAGUGGCAUGUGUUUGUACUAAGUUGUAUAAAUCGUCAGAUGACCACCGAAAAUCGCUAAGUGGGAACAUGAAACAGUAGAAAACAGGGUAAAUAUGGCAAGUCAAUUUUUAUGCUGAAUCGGUUCGCUUUAGCCUGAACAUUGAUUUAUCAUUGUCGUUUGCUCCAAUGCUGCAAAUACGAUUUAAGAUUUACGGUCAUACUUACGAUUUAUUUACCGCCGUUUUAACAAACUCCACAAUAUUGGACGAACGAUAAAACUACUUUUAUGUAGUUUGAUAGCCUUUGUAAAAGUUC